CCACGACCCGCAGCCAAAGCCCCGGAGCCUUUAUACCCAACACACCUACAAAGAAAAGAGAAGAAGAAGAAGAAGAAAACACGGGCGUCUUCCCGCAGCCCUUUCCGCUCGCCAUGAAACAGACUCUGACCGAACUGAUGAGGAUGAGCAGAAUAUGCCGGAUGGUUUUCGCCACUUGUUUGGGAUCUUUUAUUCUGGUCAUCUUUUAUUUCCAAAGUAUGUUCCAGCCAGUCAUGCGAAGAAACCCUUUCGUGGUGGAUGGCUGCUGUAGGAAAGGAUCCCGCAACGCCUUGCAGGAGCUCUACAAUCCAACACAGUCGGAGUUCUCAGGUCCAGCAAUCCUGCACCAGGCGAGGAGGGACCAGGUGGCGGAGAUGUGCCGGGCCCACAGCGCCUCCAGUCGGAAGCGGCGGUUUCUGACCCCAGGAGACCUCAAGCACUUGGUGGUGGACGAGGAGCACGAGCUCAUUUACUGCUACGUGCCAAAGGUCGCCUGCACCAACUGGAAACGCGUCAUGAUGGUGCUCACAGGCCGUGGCAAAUACAGUGACCCUAUGGAGAUACCGUCCAACGAGGCCCACGUUCCUUCCAACCUGAAGACGCUGAACCAGUACAGCAUUGCCGAAAUCAACCACCGCCUUAAGAACUACCUCAAGUUCCUCUUCGUCCGUGACCCCUUCGAGCGGCUGGUGUCCGCCUACCGCAACAAGUUCACCCUCAAGUACAACUCGUCCUUCCACAAGCGCUUCGGCACACGCAUCAUCCGGCGCUACCGCAAGAACGCCACGCACGACGCCCUGCUCAACGGCGCCGACGUGAAGUUCCGGGAGUUCGCCGAGUACCUGGUGGAUCCGGCGACGCAGCGCGACGGCCCGCUCAACGAGCACUGGCAGACGGUCUACCAGCUCUGCCACCCGUGCCACAUCCACUACGACCUGGUGGGCAAAUACGAGACGCUGGAGGAGGACGCCAACUACGUGCUGCGGUUGGCGGGUGUGGGCGACAACCUGCGAUUCCCCAGCUACGCCAAGUCGACUCGCACCACGGACACCAUGACGGCCCAGUUCUUCAGCAAUAUCAGCAGCCAGCAGCAGGUUCAGCUUUACCAGCUCUACAAGCUGGACUUCCUCAUGUUCAACUACUCCACGCCCGGCUACCUCCGGCUGGACUAACCCAGGGGGACGGGGAGGGGAAGGGUUUGAACGGGCAAAGAUAAACGGAAGGAAACAUGAAACGAGUUGGAAGAGGAUGAUUUUUCAGAGGCAAACUUGUUUUAAAAAAAAAAAAAAAAACUGAAACUGUCGUCGUUCCUUUGCAGGGUUUGGGGGUCCGAGUUGGGACGUUCAAAUGAAAAGAGACCGAAAGACAGAGACAGAGAAAAGGGGAUGUGAUAUUGGUUUUUUUGAGGCUGUCUAAUCGGUUUUGGGUUAAAAUGUGAGACAGAAAACACCGGUCGGCUUUGUAAGAUGGCGUAUGGGAGUGCGGGGACCAAUAGUUGGCUAAAUUGAAAUGUUCGGACGAAGCAGGUCUUCAUGGUGGAUUGAGAAGGAUUUUCAGAGUCGACGACGUUCCCUCCACGUCAAAGUGGAUCGCUUAAAAAUCAGACUGCUUCGGAUUCUGCAAAGCAAACAACAGCCUCGCACGCGACCUGACCCCAAAGCAUCAUGGGAGCUGUGCUUACCCCCCCCCCAAAAAAAAAAAUCAGCAGAGACCAUCCGUCAAGUCGUUAAAACAUAUUCCGUGUCUUUCAUCCUGCUGUCCCCACGGUGUGGGUUCGACAGCGCCCGUCGACCUCACUUACAUCGGAUUCAUGCAUUUUGGCAUUUCGGAGGGAAAUUGGCCCAUUGCCACGUCAAGGACACUCCAUAAUAGUUGGCUGUUGACUUUAUUCUCAUGACCCCUACAACUGUAAUGACAGCGGUGUGGCCUUAAGCCAGGAGUUUAUAAAGGAAGCAAGUUCAGUGUCACCGGCUUAAGUCAUUUUAGUGACAGCUGACGGGACCUCUCCCUCCCUUUUACACCGUGAGGACCCCAGCAGCUCAGAGACCAACGCCACCGCUCUGACUCAAACGUGGAAGCGCCGAAUCAUCCAUCGCCUGUAACACCAUGCUCCCUUAACACUGAGCGCCACAGGAAGUGGGACAAGAAGGUGCCUGCAUGACCGGGCGCAAUGUAUGUGAGCGACAGGUCCUUUGUGCCCCCCCCCCUCCCACUGAACUAACCGCGAGACAGAAAGAGAAGGGGUUGAAGGGACACGAUGUCAUAGCCCCGCCCUUCCACUUCUCGCCACGCCCCCCCCACCACCAAACAGGGACUCGGUGGCCACACCCGCAAAAUCCCUUGCACCGACGACCAAACGUCUCAGUAAAUUAAGAUUUUCUUUUGUGUCUUCAUGCUUUUUUUUUGUUUUUAUUGUCUUACGAAGCGUUGCUGCGAGCAGCAAUAAACACAUUAUUAUUUAAUUUGCUUUGUGGAUUUGAAAAAAAACAUUUUGUUUUUGU